AACUUUGCAAGCGAUUGCAGCAUUCCUCGUCACACAGAUAGUUGUGAUUGCUCCUGGGGGGAGAGAGCGGUCGGGUGCUGUUACCUUUUCAUCACAGUUAUGCACGUUUAAGUCAUGUAAGAAGCUCUGUAAUGUCAAAAGAACAGGAUAAAGAUACCUUCUCGCUCAAAAGAACCCGAGGUAGAGAUGGUGGGCUUGAUGAUCUAGGAGGGCCGGGUGUUCUGCUGGAUAGCCCAGACAAGAAAAAGUGCAAGUCGAACGCACAGGCUCCCUCCUUCGCUCCCCUAUCUGAGUAUGCUCCACCACCAAACCGAAGUGCCGACCACCUAGUGGCUGCCAAUCCUUUUGAUGACAACUACAACGCACCAUCUUUCAAGCCUCUGUCCUCUGGGAAUCCAUAUUUUGGCCACCCGCACUACCCUGGCUGCAGUGGCUAUGGCCCGCCCAGGAUGGACCACCUCAUGCCCAAUAGGAUGCCCUCUUCUUACAGGGGUCCCUACCAGAUACGAAACCAGCUCCACCCUUUUGCCCAGACACAAAUGGGCAUGGGGUUCAAUCGACCCCCCGGCUUUAACUAUGGUUACCAUGAAAAUUCCAAUUAUGGUAACCAUCCACCAUUAACCAACAACAACAGUAUCAUGCCACUUCCACCCAAUCAGUCUUUUAGACCAGGUCCCCGUGACAACUUAAAUCAGGUGCAUCUGCAUAAUGUGACCAAAAGCACUUCACCUGACAUGGGCCCGAGCUUUAGAUCAGCGGUCAACCCAAUUGGGAAUCCACCUCCCCGACCCGGCAUGGACUCUAGUUCCGGUUAUACUCGGCAGCAGCAAAACAACAGCUUUACCCAGUCCAAUACACCCACACCUAAACAGGACAUGAGUGAGGUGGUGUCAAGCAAAAGUACAUCCCAGAAUACAUCUCCACGGAAACGAAGCCAUGGCUCAGAGGAGAUCAUGGAUCAGAAAAACUCUGUCGACCUGAAAUCAAAGAAUAGAGGCGCCCUGGUCUGUCAGGGUGCAAGUCAGCCUAACACCACAGAGAAAAUCAAUGGCAUCAUCCACACCAAUAAUGAUUCCCUGAAGAAGUCCCCACAGUCAGGCAGGCACAUGGAGGCAGCCCCCCUGGAGCGGAGUAGAAGCAAUGGAGGUGGUGGUGUGGCCAGCAAUAAGACACUGAUGCAUCCCAACAGGCCUAGCCACUCCUCCACAGAGCCUGUGUUUCCAUGUGGAAUAUGCCUGAAUGAAGUGAAUGAUGACCAGGAAGCUAUCCUGUGUGAGGCCUCAUGUCAAAAAUGGUUCCAUAGGGUUUGUACUGGAAUGACUGAGACCGCUUAUAACCUGUUGACAGCAGAGGUGUUGGCAGUGUGGGGCUGUGACAUCUGCAUGGAGGAGAAAGGGGCACAGCUCCAUAGAACAAAGGAGCUAACAGGGCAGCCAGCAGGGCAGCAGCCAACAGUUAACAGCGAGUGAUAUGGUCAUGAAUAUGGGCCAUCAGUAACAUUAUUAAUCUUAUACUGGUUAUACUAUUUUCUUUGGUAUACUUCCUGUGUAGGUGAUUUUUCCUUACGUUUUUACGUAGGGUUUACGAAGGGUUAUAUUUUUACCAUUGUUUUUUACAUUUGGUAUAAUUUGAAUAGCAGUGUCUGUCCCGUGCUUAGACCGAUGCAAGAGCUAGACUGAAGUUCUGUUUAAUGUCAUAUGUAUUCCCUAUUUUUGGGCAGGUACCAUUGGCCAUGUUGACCACAAUAAUGUCAUUCUCUUAACAAGGUCCUUACUGUUCCGCUCAACUUUGCUGGCCUAUGGUUUAUAUAAGUUAAUACAACAUCAGUAUGAGUAAGCUAUCCGGAAAGGUUAACUGAUUGACGGAUGCAAACGUAUUCAACGUUUUAAUCAGAUAUUUUUUUCAACUGCUGUUAUAGUUUGACAGAUUUUGAGCAGUAUGAUUGUUUCCCAAAACGUUGAUAGUGUCACGGCUUCCAUCGUGGAUAUGAAAGGACGACCAAGGCGCAGCGGAAGUGUGGACACUCAUGUUUCUUUAAUUUACAAAAAACAAGCAAAGUAUCCACCGAAAAACAAUAAACCAAAACAAUAAACAGUACUUACAAUGGUAACAGUGUGGCAGGCUCAAACCAACGCAGUGCACACAAACAACUCCUACAUAUAUGACUCCCAAUCAGGAACAAUGAUUCCCAGCUGUUCCUGAUCAGGAGUCACAAGACACACACAAGACUGCCACGUCCUGACCCCCAAACUACUACACCAGCUCCAUCUGGUGGUCAGGACGUGACAGAUAGUCACAGAUGGAGUGGUGUUCCAAAGCCAUACACCUGUACUGUAUGCUAUACAACCAGAAUUGGAUCUGAUACAUUUUUUAUAAAUUAUUCGAUACAUGUGGGUCGUUCCACCAAUUCGAUGCCUUUUGAGGUGUAUAACUUGGUGAGAAAAAAAUAAUGUUUGAAAGUAACAGGGUUGAAGAUGUAAUCUUAAAUCAGCCAUAAAUCCCCUCGUGACAGGGGAAAUGGAAGUUAUGUGUGCAACAGGGAGGGGCAAUUGAAUGCAAGCUUAUCGUUUCACAAUAUUAAAUCAAAAGUUCAAUUCACGUAAUAGGGUUGACCUUAAAAUGAGGGCCAGGUUUUUUUUUUUUACCUUAAAAUUAUUCACCAAUCACAUUAAAUAAUCUUCAUAAAAUGACUGUCAAAGCAAAAAAAUAACUAGGGCUUUACAAUGAUGGUUUAAACUUGGAUAAAUCUUAGGGUUUAGUGGGUUAAAAUCUUCCUGGAAGUCAGAGUGCACGGAGGAACAUCUCAAAAUGUAGAAUUUUGGCACUUUAGCAAGUCUUUAUUCAUAUAAAAAAAUCUGAUUUGUUGAAUUCUCUAUGUGGUCUAUAUUAAAGGGCAUAUCUUUGAAUAUAACAGGCUUUUAAAAUUCAAUAUUGGUGCACAAUUUCUAUGUAAAAUACCAAAGGGAUGCAAAAGGCACUCAUUUCGUGGAACGAUCCUUGUGUGUUUUUUAAACUGUUGAUAUGUAAUGUAAUGCUCUAAAAAUGUUUUUAGUAUGUGUGCACUUUGCUUUGCUCUAAUUGUAUUCUUUUUUGCGCAAACAUGAUGCAUUUAAAUCAACAUUUCUUUAUAAUUUGUUUUCAUUUUGGAAAGGUAAAAUAAUAUGAUAUUUAGUACUAAGAAACAUGCUUACUGCAUUAAGGGAAAAUAACCUUGGUUCAAAAUAAACUUCUUUGUCAAAUUAUA